AUGGGUUCAGACAACUCCGAGUCGCUGGUGAACCGCGGCACGCCCAUUCCGGUAGUCCAAGUACAACAUGCAUCGAAUGACGGCACGCCCACCACGGAGAGGCCUCACUCCCGCCGUCUGUCGGCUAGCAGGCUUAAAGACAAACUGGAGUCGCUGGGUGAUAACAUAAGCCGCGAGUCGAGUAGUAGGGUGGGAGACAAGAUGAUGAACAUGCUACUGGCACAAGUUCUGCCCUCGGAAGACCUCUCUGACGGCUCGCCUCCGGAUUCAGCCUCGACACCAAGCGGGAACACACCGCAAGUCAAGGACCGGCGCUCUCGAAGCUAUGUUGCUCGACCCAACUUCAGCAUCCCCACCAUGUCGUCCAACUUCCGUCGCUUCAACUCGCGCAUCGGCGUUGCUUUCGUUGCUCAAAAUCGCCUCAUUCGGCUGUUCACCUGGGCUCAGCCUACGCAAACCCUCUCAUUUCUCUUCGUCUGGACCUUCGUAUGCGUCAAUCCGUAUCUUGCACCUGUACUCCCGUUGGCAUGUGGCAUGUUCUUCGUCAUGGUUCCUGCAUUUCUGACCCGUCAUCCGGAGCCCAUGACGAAUACGAUAGAUAUCGACGGCGAUCUGUGGAGAGGAAGCUUGGGAGGACCACCGUUGGCCGAUGCGAAGACAAUCAAGCCUGCGCCUGAGUUCAGCAAGGACUUUUUCCGCAACAUGCGCGAUCUGCAAAACUGCAUGGAGGACUUUAGCCGUGGCCACGAUGCUGUACUGAGCUUCAUCACGCCGCUCACCAACUUCCAGAACGAGAACCUCUCAUCUAUGCUCUACCUCAUCCUGCUCGUUGUAUCGGUGCUGCUAUUCAUAUCGGCGCACCUACUACCGUGGCGCGCAAUAUUCCUCGUCCUUGGAUACACUUUGACAGCGUUAGGGCAUCCCAACGUUCAAGACCUCCUUACAAUGCCCGAGACCGAAAAGUUCAUUUCGGACGCAGAACAUGAAAGUCGAUCGUUCCUCCUGACCAUCUCACGCGCAGACAUCGAACUGGAGACAUCCCAGGAGACGCGUGAGGUAGAAAUAUUCGAACUUCAACACCGCGCCCUACAUGACGAGCAUGGCGAGUAUGAAGGUUUCAUGUUCUCUCCAUCGCCUUACUCGCCCUUGUCGCCUUCUAGAAUCAGCGGUGACAGACCCCGCGGUACCCCGUUCUUCGAAGAUGUACUUCCACCCCGCGGCUGGCGCUGGAGCGACAAGAAGUGGACGCUCGAUCUGCUGUCUCGUGAAUGGGUUGAGGAUCGCUGUGUUACAGGCGUAGAGGUUGAGGUCGAGGGUGAGCGAUGGGUGACGGAUCUGCACUACGAAGUCCUUGAGAGCGAAGGAGAGAAGGCCAGUGCCGCAAAGGCGAAACUCAAGAAACGGAGCGGGUCAAAGGGAAGUAGCAGGGAUAUUGCAGAUGAAGAAAAGGAGGUCUUGCGCCGGGCGUGGGAGAGCCAUGCACCGAGUCGCAAGGGCGAGUGGAGGAGACGGAGGUGGGUGAGGGGUGUUGAAAGGAUGCCUUGGAGAGAGGGCCAGUAG